UGUUGUGUUACUUGUUUAACUUUCCUGUAUGAAAUAUAUUUGUUGGCUGCAGUGGUCUCUAACGGACUUAGGAAGCAGCUCUGUAUGAGAACAUGUCCUCGGCUUGCUAGCAUUACUCGUGUAGCUGAACCGAGCCAUGACAACUCAGGUGUGACUAAGAGAGAUCACCGAGCCUAUGUUUCCCUUUUCCGAGCCAUCACAACAUUUCAACUAAAUUAUUGUGUUGCUAGUCCUUCAUCAGUUGACACAGCCAUGGUUAAGGCGGCAUGUGCACGACAGUCCCGUUGGAUUAGGGCCUUGUCUUCAUCAGUGAAGGUAGUUGCAUCAUUGUUGGCAACUACCGCAUCUCCUCGAACAACCGUUGGAAUGUGGGGUCUAGCGUUGCAUCCAUUUCAAGGUCUGUUUGAGUUGGAUUUCCCAACCUGCUCAUCUGGAGAUAUGCGAUUCCAAACGGGUCAUCCAAAAUCUUGGAAAGAGUUAAAUUGUGAUUUCAUUGCGGCACAAGAAUGUGCAGAUGACAAGUUCAUUUGGGCAUAUACGUCACCAAUGUUACCUGUGUCACAAGUGAGUCCGUUUUCCAUUUAUUAUUACUCUCAGAAAGGCGAGAAGAUACACGUAAAAAUCAUUUUCGAGUAUUAAAAAGGGUAAUCUGCAAAUUGCGUCUUUUGGUAAUAUAUUUCAUCAACAUUCCUUAUGGAAACAAGAAAAUCGUUUACAAAGGUUCACGCUGCCUGAGCCAAUAGUCUGUAUGUUAUCUGCUACAGUCGGCAUGUCACUGCAUAUCUGAGUCACUAUAUGA